GGUAAGUGAUUACAUUAAUUUAUCAUUCAAGCCAUUUAAGCUUAAUUUCCCGGCAACAGGUUUUGUAUAUUUCCCCAGAUUGUGAAACAACCCCCGGGGACGGCUUUGCCGCUUCCUCCUCCGCCACCUCUUCCAAGUGGCGCAUCCCGAAGACCCAAACGGCCACCGUGGCCCUGGCCAAACCAAGGAGGAAUAAUGGUUCGUCCUCCAGGGCACGGUCAUCAAGGAGGAUCCAGCGCGGAUGUCUGCCAAAGGAGGAUGAGAAGCAGAGGACCGAUUGCUGCACCGGCAACAGAUGCGCUCUAUCCGGAUCGCGCUUCCGCAAAUGGUUCUGCCGUGGUGCGAAUUUGUACAAGAGUGAGCUUUCUCCCUUCAGCAACAGUCGCUUCCCCCAGCAGCAGAACAAACGUCAAGUGCCUGGUCGAAACAGUGGCCCAAAACCAUGCCAGCAACUAUCUGCGGAGCCAGCUGCUCAACAAGAACCAGCAGAGCAAGAUCUUGCACCGCAUGAAGAACGUUGAGGCCGAUACAAACCAACUGCAACAGCAGCUGGCAAGUCAACAGCCGCGCAUUCCGAUCCCGCAAGAGCUGCAGUUCCACAUCCAAGGCAACACACAGAACGUGUUGCUGCAAGACCAGCGCAGGAUGCUGUACGAGUAGGCCGUCGAACCGACCGCUGCCAAUUUAUCCAGUCCUUUUGUCGGGGCAGAUCCAAACAACCGCCGGAGCAAACAAAUUUACCGCGCCGUCGGCUGCUAACCCAAUGUUCCCCGGCGGAUCAACCGCGGCCGAGCUGUCCAACUCGCUGCAGCAGAGGAUGCAUCUCUUGCAACCCCUGGGACGUCAUGCCGCCGGAGCCGGUCCGUCACCUGGAACCUCAACUGACCAGCUUAGAGUGCUGCGAAUUUGUUCCUUUUUUUCCUUCAUUUUCAGAGAGAGAAUUAACUUCUUGCAGGAAAGUAGUUUUACUUGUUCUGUUCAAAUUUCUC